CUGACGCUUCUCUUCUCUUCUCUCUCACUUUCACGUUUACGUGCAGAGGCCACAACAACAAGAAGCUCUACAAUUCCUCCGUUCACUCAACUCAAUUAUAAUUCACGCACACUGAACGCAAAAAUUCGAUGACGGUGUUUGGAAACUCCGGCAAGCAGCAGGUAUUCCCGGUGAACUACGAAGCUGAGGUGUCGCAACGCCUGGUUGAUGCAGCGCACGUUAGUGACUUGAAGUGCGCCAACGAGUGUAUAGCCGAUCCUUUUAUCGACUUCAACUUCAUUGGAACGGUGAGCUUGAAAGCUAAAAGAACUGAAGUCGUCUUGCACGAUGAGGCGCCUCAUGAAGUUCGCGUCGAGUACGAGGAGUUCAAGACUGAUGUCACCGCUUUGUUCCUCGCUGCUCAUGCUGGAAACUUGACACUUGUCAGAAAGUUACUGAACUUUGGGGCCAAUGUGAAUCAGAAACUAUUCCGAGGUUAUGCAACGACUGCGGCUGUGAGGGAGUGUCACCUGGGGAUACUGGAUGUCCUUAUUAAAGCGGGCGCAUCUCAGGAGGCAUGUGAGGAGGCUUUGUUGGAAGCGAGCUACUUGGGAGAGGCCAGGUCUGCUGAGUUGUUGAUGAGUUCCGACUUGAUUCGUCCACAAGUAGCUGUGCACGCUCUUGUUUCUGCGUGCUGCAGAGGAUUUGUCAAUGUUGUUGACAUGCUCAUUAAGUGUCGAGUAGAUGUCAAUGCCAUUGAUAGAGUGCUGCUCCGGUCUUCCAAGCCAUCUCUAUACGCUAAUGUUGACUGUAAUGCACUUGCGGCUGCUGUUGUUAGUAGACAGAUACAAGUUGUUAGAUUGCUGUUACAGGCUGGUGCCAAGACGGACAUCAAGGUGAGACUGGGAGCCUGGUCUUGGGACAUGGACACAGGAGAAGAAUUUCGGGUGGGUGCUGGGCUAGCUGAGGCUUACUGCAUUACCUGGUGUGCUGUGGAAUAUUUUGAAGCCAGUGGUGCCAUCCUGCGUAUGCUUUUCCGACACCUUUCUUCUAACACCCCACACUUUGGGAGGACACUCCUCCACCACGCCAUACUAUGCAAUAACGCAAGAGCAGUAGAAGUGCUGCUAAAUUGUGCUGUUGAUAAAGAAUUUCCAGUGAAAACAACUUCAAAAACAGAAUUACGCCCCAUUCAUUUGGCUGCAAAGCUUGGAUGUGCUAAAAUUCUUCAAUGCCUGAUCAAUGGUGGCUGCAAUAUCAAUUCCAAAACAGCAUCGGGAGAAACUGCACUUACAAUUUGUGUAAGAUAUAAGCACGAGGAGGGCAUUAAAGUUCUGGCGUCAGAAGGGGCUGAUUUUGGAUUGGUCAAUUCUUCUGGUCAGUGUGCAACCUCUAUAGCAAAAUUAACCCGGUGGAGUCUUGGCUUCCAGCAAGCAGUGAUAGAUGUGAUUCGAGCAGGGAAGGUUGUUCGUUCAAGCAAUGCCUCAAUAUUUUCUCCUUUAAUGUUUGUGACUCAAGCAAAUAAUGUUGAGGCAUUGAAAAAACUGAUUGAGCGGGCGGACAUUUAUCUUGAUGAACAAGAUGAUGAUGGAAACUCUGCUGCAAUGAUAGCUGCGGCUUCUGGCCACACUGAGGCCUUCAGGCUCCUGCUACAUGCCGGAGCUAACAUAAAACUGCAAAACAAGCACGGAAAGACGGCAAUCAGCUUAUCUGAAUCAAACCACAACGGUGAAAUAAUCGAAAAAGUGAUGCUUGAAUAUGCACUCGAAGAGGGACAUAAUGGUUCUGCUGGCUUUUAUGCUCUGCAUCGUGCUGCAAGACGCGGAGACUUGGAUUUGGUUCAGAUGUUAAUUAGUAGAGGUUAUGAUGUUAACGACAUGGACGGUGAUGGAUAUACGUCACUCAUGUUAGCAGCCAGGGGAGGCCAUGGAAGAGUGUGUGAAUUCUUGAUUUCAAGGGGCGCAAAAUGUGACAUUGUGAAUGCAAGAAACGAGACAGCACUUUCACUUGCAAGGAAAAACGGUUACGAAAACGACGCUGAGCGAGUUAUAUUAGAUGAAAUGGCUUUCACUCUUGUGUUGGCGGGCACUUGUGUAAAGAAGCACACCAAGUGCGGCAAAGGAUCGCCCCAUUACAAAGUAAUGAAAAUGGUGGAGUCUGCCGGGAUUUUGAGGUGGGGAAAGUCUAAUAAGAGAAAUGUGAUAUGUAGGGCAGCUGAGGUUGGCCCUAGUGCCAAGUUCCGGUGGAAUCGCCGCAAGAAGUUUGAUACUGAAGAAGCAGGAAUGUUUCAUGUUGUGACUAUAAAGAACAAGGAGUUGCAUUUUGUCUGCCAGGGUGGCAUUGAAAUGGCUCAGCUCUGGGUAAGAGGAAUCAAACUUCUGACUAGGCAAGCCAUUUUUGGUAAGAAACAGAGGAGUGUGAAUUGUUCAUGAGUUGUUAAUUCUAUGUGAGAAAUUUGGAGAAAUACUUUCAUCUCCUUGUAUUUUUGUAGCAACUAUUUCCCAAUGCUAUGUAAAGA